AUGGUGGAGGACGAGGGCCGAGAGCGCGUUCUCGUGGUGGCCGACGACGUUCGGGAGGCAGAGGUCCUGCAGGAGCUGAAGACGGAAGGGGCAGACAUGGUGCUAAGGCGGGCAGCGGACCUCGAUGAGAGCGCCGUCCUUCCGGACGCUGGGUACGAGCUGAUGAGGCGGUGCGAGUUCGUCGUACUGGACAUAGCCUUCGUGGGGAGGUGGGGCGUGGUCCGUGGCAGGAGGAAAGAAAAGGCCUGGCAGAUGGCCUUGGAUCGCAUCUUGGAGGCUCAGGCGGGAGGCGAGGGCGUGGGGCCUUUGUCUUGGCGCGCGUCUGUGCUGCGGGCUGGGCUGGAAGAACUCGCAGUUGACAACCCACUGAAUAAAGAACUCUACCUCGCCCUGGCGGUCUUACCGAUGGGAUUGACGUUCCCUUCGGAAGUGGCGGCGGCCUUGCUGUACGACGACGCACUGUCCGGAGAGGAUCUUGAAGAUCUGGAGGUGGCCGAGGAAGUUGCCGCAACCCUUGAGCGCUGGUCGAUUCUCAUUCGGAUGGGUGGCGGAAACUAUCGCGUCCAUGACGAGCACAGUGACUUCAUUCGGGGAUGCCUUUCAACGAACAAGGACACCCAGGACAGGGUGCUCCGUCGCUGGCGGAGGUACAUCUCAAGUGUCCGUGCCCUCCUCGCGUGCGAACCUGAGGAUCUGGUGAAAAUAUGGGACAGUUUGGCGAGCGAUCAAGACGACGUCAUAGAUCCGCGGCCGUAUGACAGGGCGUUGGAAGCGAUGGAUAUGCCGAGUGCGGAGCUCCCUAGGGCCCUGCAUUUAGCCGGAUUUUUUUACAUGGUGCGAGAAGACGGCGAGGGCGCCUGCUCUACGUUCUCCAAACUGCUGAAGCUUCAAGAGACAACGGUCACAUCUGAUGGCUUGAUUGUGUGGGAGACCCUGCGUUCCCUGCAUCUAAGCGCUUACAUGUCAGGAAGGUGGGAAGAAGCCGAAGUGACUCAGCGACGUGCUGAUGCGAUCUUGAAGGAGAUGGGAAAGGAGCCCGUAAACUUUGUUGAUUUUUGGCUCGAAAGUCUGUUGGAAAACCCAUUUCUGUCCUGUUUCUUUCCCUGCGCUACUGACGACGCCGUGGGCGACUCGGUAGACGGACGGAAGAGCAGGUCGUUCGUCGACGACUCGGCCUCAGAGCGCGUUUUCAUUCCCAAAGCCUCAAGAAACAAGUACGUCGUCGUGGGGCUAGUAGGAGCGACGGUCAGAGUGAGCAAGCGGCUCGACUCGCCGGUUUUGAGGACGCUGCCGAAGGGAACGGUGGUGGAAGUGGCACAAAUUCGGUCGCGACGAGCACACAUAGUCAAGCCGAUAGACGGCUGGGCAAGCUUGUCGACAGUGAGCAGUUACCGCAUUUUAGAGCCGCCGAUCACGCAAUCUACCAAGUACAAGGUGAUUUAUCCAGAAGGAAUAUUCGUGCGCCGUAUGGUUUCCCUUGAAAGCCGGAUAGCCAGAAUCGCACCGUUCGGGACUGUUCUGAAGGCUACGGGCAGGACGGAAAUUUACGAUGCAGUGGAGCGAAUAGAGGUCGAGGACGGCUGGGUUUCUAUGCGUUUGCGAAACGACACAGGAGCACCAUUACUCAGCCCGCUUGAUUAGAACCAUGUUGAGAUACCAGCGGCGUCCUUCAGGUAUCGUUGGGAGGGCGAAAGAUCGAAACAGAAGGAUCUUGAAAAUGCUGAACUUGUUGUAUUUUGUGGCGCUUUUUUACCGAGCACCCCGCGUCGCGUUCAAGGACAGGACCGCAUUGAGUGGAGUUUUCCAACGAUGUGUUUUGAACGCCGAAACGACACGAAGUGUUGUGCCAUAUGACUGUGCAAGCGGUAGCGGUGCAAGCCGACGGUUACAUUCUCCUCGCCGGAGGCACGGAGGGAAAUUGGGCCGGCGAAAGCACUGGCGGGUAGAAAACGCCGUCGUGAUAGAAUCAUCGGCGAGGGCAAAGAGCUCUGGCGCUGGCAGGUACCACGCCAUUGGCUUUGGUUUGUCAAGUUUUACCGUCUCGAGAGAGCGAGGUGAGAUGGGUGCAGAGAGGACGGCAUACACACGCACCAUCCAUCACACGACCGGUGGACGAGUCUAUCGAGACAGUUACAACGGGAUGCACACGUGGUGCACCCGCCCCGUCACACAUCUCCGCAUAGGAAAAAAUGGAAAAAACACGCGUCGUCGUCGGGGCUCUCUGUACAUGUUGUGCUUACCCGAACGCUCCCACCGUCAGCAUUUUUUUGUCAACGGAGCAGCUGGAGGAAGUACGAGGACACCCGCACGAACGGGUGGAUGGAUCCUUCUGGAACGAAAUGAUGACAAUUUCGACCAUGGCUGACGUCGCACGACGCCCGCCCACGGAACCUCGGUCAACCAGAAAUCAGCGGCACAAACGUUGACCAACGGGAAAGCUGCGGGUUUGUAGUGUUCUUUCUGCCACGAAUGGUCCCGUUCCUGGUGUACCCCGAUCCAUAUUCGUCCCGCAAUGGUGCCGCCAUUUUCACGUAAUCCCGGUUCUACAUUCGUCUCAUCUACGGCAUGCCACGGCACAGCAGCUUUGUACCGUACCGACAUCCACUUUCCGUCUCACCCAAGGUACAUACCGUAAGAUAUUAUACAUAGCGGGACGCCAACAUCGAUGGAAAAUUCUCCCGUUUUGGGCCGUUCGCGCGACUCACGCACGCGCACACGCGACUCUCCACUACAACAUGAACAGCAACAAUAAUCGCAAGAACAACAACAACGACCAUCCCAACGACGCAAAAAUUGGGAGUUUUCGACGUCUGGCUGGGAUCGCUCACAGGCCAAGGAUUCUUCGGCCAAUCGGAUAUUUCGGAACGUACCGAGAGCGUUACCAUCAUGAGACAAAUUUCACCGAAAAGGGAACUGCGGGCUUGUAGUCUUCCGCCCUGGGUGACACCACCAGCAGCCGCCGACCACGGAUUUUCCCAACCACUAUUCAAUCCCUCAGCAAGAAAAAACCCUAUUUAUCUCAGAAAAUUUAGGGGCUCCUACAGCAGUUUUACAUCUGUCCAGGAAGUCACCCCAAAGCGGGGACCCCUU